AUGGAUCCCGAGCAACUUCAGCAAACUCCAGUUUGGUGGCACGGGCCGGAUUGGGCUAGUCGGCCAUCACGGUUUUGGCCAAAUAUGACACUCGAAUCCUACGAGGAAUUUAGCAGUGCCGAACUGGAGGAACGUGCAAUCUCUCUAGCUGUACAAAUUGUACCACCAAACCCAAUUUUUGCCCUACGAUCUUCAUGUCGCACACGCGCCCAGGAACAAAUGAUGGGUGAUUUACCGCCGAAACGUGUAUCGCCAACUCUACCCUUUGUGAGCACCGGAGUCGAUCCUUGCGGGCCAUUGUGUUACCGUCAUCCUCAACGACGCUCGAAAAUGACCAAAUGUUAUGUCACUAUUUUCGUCUACCUAUCGGUGAAGGCAGUUUAUAUAGAGCUGGUCGGGGACCUGUCUACAGGAUCAUUUAUCGCCGCCCUGAAACGAUUUGUUGCUCAUCGCGGAAAACCGCGCCUCAUAGAGUGCGACAACGCAACAAAUUUUAAAGGAGCUUCACACGAACUAGCUGAACUUGCAAACCGAUUCAAUUCUCAGCAGAUGCAGUACGCCGUGUCCCGUUUAUGUACUGAUGACGGAAUAGAAUUCAAGUUUAUCUCUCCCCGCUCUCCAAAUUUCGGUGGUCUAUGGGAGGCGGCUGUCAAGUCGCUAAAAUCACACCUUCGAGCCACCCUAGGAAAUUCUACCCUAGCAGCCGAACAAUUGACAACGCUUCUGGCACAGGUUGAAAGUUAUCUCAAUUCCCGACCACUAACACAAAUCUCCGCUGAUCCCGAGGAUCUCGAUGUCCUUACACCAGGACAUUUCCUUAUCCACCGUCCUCUAACGGCCAUUGCUGAGCCGUCACUAGAAGAAGUACCAUUAAAUCGACUAGAUCGUUGGCAGGUGGUACAGGAAUUUGUCCGAAGACUCUGGAAGCGCUGGAGUACCGAGUACCUGUCCGGACUGCAACCGCGAACAAAGUGGACCCGCCAAAUGGACAAGAUCGCCAUCGGAACAAUGCUCCUGGUAAAAGAUGAAAACCUGCCACCCCUUAAAUGGCGUUUCGGGAGGGUGGUUCACAUGUUCAGAGCGGACGACGGCAACAUCCGAGUCGUUGUAGUCAAAACGCAGGAUGGAUAA